AUGCUGCUGAAGGUGAAAUACCAUAGUAUCAAGAAGUACAUCAAAUUGCACUCAGGCUUCACCUAUUCAGAAUUCAUCAGGGAAGAUUAUUCAACACCAUCUUCCCUCACGGAUACCAUAUCACUUUCUUCAAGUGACAGUGACCUUAGAGAACUGGGUAUUCCCACAGGCAGAAAUAGAUCCAGCAAAGAAGACACGAGCAGUUCUGCAACAAAGGCUUCCAUGUCAGAGGCAGCAAAGGAGAUGGUAGAAAAGGCCUUGCUUAAGAAGCCUGGAGGAGAGGAUAUUCUUGAAGAGUACAAGGCAGAAAAUUCACUAAUGCACCGCACUCGGAGACAGCUUGUCAACAUAUUGGCGAGUGAUAUUACUGAGAAACAUGGUAGGAUUCCUUCCCAUCAGCAGAAGGAGAAGUAUGCCCUGGGAAUUAUUACUCUCUUUCCCUCCCUGAAGGAUCCUUUUUCUCCAAAGGGCUAUAUAAAUCAAGACUUCCUGCUGCUGUUUGGUGCUGAAACAGCCUCCAGGAUGCUUGAGAAGUGGGACACCUCAUUCAAGCCCAAGGUCAUCAAAGAGGCCAAAAAACUGACUCAGACAACUGAGCUGUGCCGACUUCUAAAAUCUGCUGAGAAACUCGCAGAGAACUAUGAAACGGGUAAGCUACACAGCAUGCAUGGUUCACAGUCUGGACGGAAGAGGACCAAAAUAAGUCCAAGUGAUGCAGUGGACAAAAUGGUGCACUUUCAUAAGUCAUGCUGCAGCAUCACUGAAUAUGUGCAUGAAAGAGAGGGUAAACAACCAUACAUCCUUGCAGUUGGCCGAACCCAGAAGAAGAUUGAUACCUUCUACAUCGCUGUUGACAAACAGCUCAUCCUCUGCCAAGCCACCAGCUCAUUGGGUGCUUUUGAUGAACUGUUUAAAUCCCACUACGUGUUCAACAUGUCUUAUGAUGAGUCCCUGGUCCAUUUCUACACUUUUCUGCAGACAACUGUCUACAACAUUGAUGUUACCACAACAGAUGAGUCUCCAAGAGUUCGUGAGUUGCGGGCAAAACUUUUGAAUGACAAUAACCUCAGAGUCAUUUCAGGCUGA